CCCCAUGCGCUGCCACCGAGGCUCCAGAGAAACAAGGUCUGAAUUCAGCCAAGUUUCCCCUGCAGCCCCGGACCGUCCGCAGCUCCCCGGCGCACACUCUGCUGACUCGGCACAAGGAAAUCACCAGGGAAGUGUAAAGAAGGCGUUUUUUCCCUCUCUUCCCUCUUUCCCGUUUUUCAUCAAGGCGACACAGGCGCAGCGCUCCUCUCCGGGACACCGACGCGUAUCCAGUCGACGCGCGAAGCGGCCGCGACUCUCUGCGACCCUCCUGGGCAAACAAACACAGACAGAAGAAGACCCCCCGAACACUGGCCGUCUGCUUCUGGUUUAUGAAACCUGCCAGAAACGUCGAGGCGCUGUUGGUGAACCAGAACAACCGAGCGUGGGUGCUGAUAUCAGAGGGAGCAGCGGCGAAAGAGGGACAAAGUUCCCCCACUUGAGGGCGAAAUCAGACUUUUUUCAGGACGCAAAGUCUCCAAAAGUGCCAGGAGCCCCGAGGUCUGUCUGACACAACAUGCAGCAAUGUCCAAGGAGGCAGAGUCGGAUGUGAGAAGCAGCGAGUGCGACACCGUCCCAGCAGAGCCCAGCAGAGACCCGGAGUCACCCAGGCCACCUCCUCCGGCUCAGGUUAACGAACCCACCGGCGGCACAGCUGGCGUUGUUGUGAGGACCCCCUCCAGAAGUCAGAGUCACCUGAGCGGCGGCGGCGGCGGCGGCAGUGGUGGUGGUCUGGGUGGUGUUAGCAUUGUUGGCAGCAGCGGCAGCGGCAGCGGCGCUGAGGGAGCAGGCGAGAGCUCCAUGCAGUUCAGCACCAGACCGCCUAGUGCUGAGCAGCCGGGCUUCAUGGGGACAUGGCAGCAGCAGAGCACUGACAGCAACCUCCUCUACAGAAUGUCCCAGCAGGGUGCAGUAACGCGGCUUCCUUUGAAGGGCGACAGGUCGACAAUGGGCCGAGACCUGGAAGAGGCCAUUCGGUGCACGCUGGUGAACUGCACAUGCGAGUGCUUCCAACCUGGAAAGAUUCACCUACGGACAUGUGACCAGUGCAAGCAUGGCUGGGUGGCUCAUGCCCUGGACAAGCUCAGCACCCAGCACCUCUACCACCCGACCCAGGUGGAGAUCGUCCAGUCCAACGUGGUGUUUGACAUCAGCAGCCUGAUGCUGUACGGCACCCAGGCGGUUCCCGUCAGGCUCAAGAUCCUCCUGGACCGCCUCUUCUCCGUGCUCAAGCAGGAGGAGGUGCUGCACAUCCUGCACGGGCUGGGCUGGACCCUCAGAGACUACGUCAGGGGCUACAUCCUGCAGGAUGCUGCAGGCAAGGUUUUGGACCGCUGGACCAUCAUGUCCCGUGAAGAAGAGAUCAUCACCCUGCAGCAGUUUCUGCGCUUUGGUGAGACCAAGUCCAUUGUGGAGCUGAUGGCUAUUCAGGAGAAAGAAGGUCAGGCAGUUACAGUUCCCUCGUCAAAGACAGACUCUGGGAUUAGGACAUUCAUCGAAAGUAAUAACAGAACCCGCAGCCCGGGGCUCUUGACACAUCUGGAGAACAGUAGCCCCUCAAGCAUUCAUCAUUUUGAGAAUAUCCCCAACAGCCUGGCCUUCCUCUUACCAUUCCAGUAUAUCAACCCGGUCUCCGCCCCCAUGCUUGGCUUGCCCCCUAAUGGCCUCCCAAUGGAGCAGUCUGCCCUUCGGCUUCGAGAGCCCAGCCUUCCGAACCAAGGCGAGCAGGUGGAGACCAGUGAAUCCGAGGUGUCCCUAUCACCCUUCCGCACAGGUCAGAGCCCUAGUCGCGGAGUACUGGGACCCAUUAACAGCACUGAACCCAAGACGGAGCCCAACAACUGUGCGUCGCCCAUCUCCCCGACUCCGUCCACCCAGCAACCUCAGCAGCAGCAGACAUCCCUUCAGCAGCAGCAGCAGCCGCAGCAGGGCCAACAGCAGUCCCAGAAUCAGCCUCAGCAACCCAACAGUCUGAGCGACCAUCAGGUGCAUCACCACUUUGUCAAGGAUGAGCCUUCGAAAACCCUCAGCCAUCCCUCGUUCUCCUCCAAGAUGCACCGCAUGCGGCGCAUGGGAGCCACCUCCCGCAAGGGUCGUGUGUGCUGCAACGCAUGCGGGAAGACCUUCUACGAUAAAGGCACACUUAAGAUACACUAUAAUGCUGUACACCUAAAGAUUAAACACCGCUGCACCAUCGAGGGUUGCAACAUGGUCUUCAGCUCACUGCGCAGCCGCAACCGCCACAGUGCCAAUCCCAAUCCGCGGCUGCACAUGCCCAUGCUGCGCAACAACCGUGACAAGGACCUCAUUCGUGCCAAUUCCACCCCAGGCACACCUGUCAUCUCAAGCAGCAAGAACGGUGGCUUCACACUCACCAGCCCUGGAAGGCCACCACUGGGCUUCACUACUCCCCCAGUGGACCCCAUGCUUCAGUCCCCGCUCCAGAGUCCCCUGGUGUUCCCCUCGCUGAAGUCGGUGCAGCCGGUCCAACCGGUGCCCCCGUUCUACCGGACGCUCGUGUCUCCGGCAGACCUCGUCAGCCCUCCAGUGUCACUGCCAACCAGCCCCAUCAUGCCCACCACUACCAACAGCACCACCCUAAUGGACCAGCAACAGCAGAUCCUGGCCGCCGUCGUCUCGCACAAUAACGUCCACAUGUCCGAGGCGAGCCCCAUGUCCCACCGGCUACCCACUGGUGCCGGUCAGGACCUCACCACAGGCAGUGACCCCACACCCAAAAAGAAACCCCGCAAGUCCAGCAUGCCGGUUAAGAUCGAGAAGGAAGUGAUCGACGUGGCAGAUGACUUUGAGGACAAAGAUGAGGACGACGACGACAACAUCCACCACAAUCAUCAGUCGAGUCUUCUUCAUAACCACAUCAAAAUCAACGGCAACUGCAACAGCGCCAACAACGGAGCAGGCGGCACGGGACACCACAGCGGCGGCAGCGGGCAGCAAUCCCCCUCCCAGGAUGAGAUGAGCCCUGGCUUAGCCCUGAGAGGAAUGAUGAGGCAAAGCGAGGACGAAUGCAGGGAGGGGACCGGUAGUGACAGCCGAGGCGGCGCCUCAGAGCUGCGUUGUAUGGACAGCUUUACAUCGGAAGAUCAGGACCACGAGAGAGACUUUGAAAACGAGUCUGAAACCUCAGAUUCCAAGAUGUUCUACCGAGACGACCUGAUGGAUGGGGAGGAGCAUCAAAAGCACAGCAGGGGAGGAAGGGGUCUGGACAAGGAGCAUGAACAUGAGGCCCACGAGGAGGAACACUUGAGAAAAGACAUAGAGGGAAACGAUCAUUCCUCACCAUCACCUCACCAUCCUCCAAUCAAGAUUAAAGAAGAACUCAACGACCCGACUUAUGACAUGUUUUGCAUGAGCCAGUAUGGCCUCUACAACGGGGGCAUGGCAGCAGCUGCUGCCGCCGCCGCCAGCAUGGCCGCUCUGCACGAGAGCUUCAUCUCUUCAAUGGGGUACGGCGCCAGCCCACCCAAAUUCCCAACGUCGCAGUCGCCCGAAGGAGACCCGUGCUCCAGUCCCGACCCCAAGAUCUGCUAUGUUUGUAAGAAGAGCUUCAAGAGCUCCUAUAGCAUGAAACUGCACUACAAGAACGUGCACCUGAAAGAGAUGCACGUGUGCACAGUGGCCGGCUGCAACGCUGCGUUCCCCUCCCGACGGAGCAGAGACAGGCACAGCUCGAACAUCAACCUGCACCGCAAACUGCUGACCAAAGAGCUGGACGACAUUGUCCUCGACCCUCAACUCACGCCACUGCCCAAGGACCUGCGAGCCGAGUUUCUGGCCAAGCUCUACGCCGGGCAUCACAUGGGUUUGGACCCGAUGGCCAGGAUGGGUUUCCGGGGCGCCGGCCUCGGACUCCCUGGUCUGAACCAUAAAACCCUCUCCCACAUGAGCAACGAUUACCCCCGUCAUCCUUUAAACCAUGACCUUAGAAACCAUCACACCAACGGCCUGUUCCGGGGCCAGCCGGACGACUACAUGGUGCUGGACUUGAGCACCACCUCCAGUGUUCAGUCCAGCAGCAGCAUCCACUCCUCACACGAGUCAGAAGACGGCAGCGACGAAGGCAUCCUACUGGAUGACCUAGAAGAGGAGGGAGAAGAGGAUGAGGAGGAUGGCAACAGCGAGGGAGAGGACCUCUCGCGGCGCGUGGCGAGGCGACCUGAAGGGGGACAUCAGGAUGAGACUGGAGAACUCAAAGAAGGACACGAUGAGGGGCUGGACUCUACCUCAUCUCCAUUCCUUCUGUCGUCCACAGGGGGCAGUAAUGGCAGCAGCGGUGGGAUCCUCUGUAACAUCUGCCACAAAGUAUACAGCAACAAAGGGACCCUGCGUGUUCACUACAAGACUGUGCACCUGCGCGAGAUGCACAAGUGCAAAAUCCCCGGCUGCAACAUGGUUUUCAGCUCUGUGCGCAGCCGCAACCGACACUCUCAGAACCCCAACCUCCAUAAAAACAUGCCCUUCUCUAAGGUUUUAGACUAAACCAUGACUUCUCGCCCCUCCUGUCUCCUCUCUUCCUUUCUCAUCCUUAUUCCUCCUCCAUCGAACACAUGGCUGAACGCCCGUAUGCCUCCUGCCCCGUCCUUUGGAAGUCACUGCAAGACAUUACUAUCUCCAUGUAUAAAAUGAUUGACUCUAGAUGAAGUUUAUCAUUGUGUCUUUUGACUUUUCCUUCUUUGGAAGAACAGGAUGAUGCCAAUAGGCGUGGAGUUUGCUUUGUAACAAAACUCCAGCAGAUUUUACUCAUUAGCCCCUCCAUCUUUUUUUCCUCUCUUCUACUCUCUUUGUGUUUUACGUCCACGUCCAAAGAAUCUGUUCAAACUCUUCAUUUGUGACUUUGCCUGCGGAAACAAUAGUACUGAAAAAAAAAGAGAAAAAACUUCUUGUUGUAUUUGUGUGACGAUAACUUUUAAAUGGACCCCUUACAAAAGCAUGACAGCUCCAUUUGUAAAUAACGUCCCAAGAGGCUUUUUUGGUGUAAGAGUUGUGUUGAUGGUUGUUUGCUUCCUUUUCCUCUCUUUAUUGGGUUUAUGUUACAGUACAGUACGAUACUUCCAUCUAUAGGCAAGAAAGAGGUAGCAUCCUUAAAGCGUGACUCAUUUAUGUUAGUUUUUGACUGAUUCAUGGGGGGAAAAAAACAAGAAAAUCAUGUGAAUUUUUUAACUGGUGUUAGAUAUUCAGAGGUUGCUGGCAUGCUUUAUUUUAGGCUUUUACACUGAUAUCAUUCUCCGUAUUUUAUGUUGUUUUUUUUUUCUUUUCUGUUUUUGCUUCAGUAAACCGAUUCAGUUUUUUUGCACUUUGCAUCUAUACAAGGGGGACGUGUAAUAUUAUUAUGAGGAUUUCUGCAAUGGUAAAUUUGGGUGAUUAGGGGUCCACGGUGGCUUCGAUGCUGAGGGAAGCAAUAGUACCUUCAAACGCUUUCUUUUUGCAUGCGCUCAGUUUCAAAGCCUCUAAAAGAAGCCUCAAUCAUUUCCUAAUUCCUUACAACAUACUCAAAGAAAAUCCAGAUCUCCUUCAAUUAGAAUCUAUGCCCUAAGAACAAAGAAAGCGAAUGGGAUGAGUCGGUAUCUUUUUGAGAAAUACGUAAAUUGUGUUUUUCUGUUGUCAGAAAAGGGAUCUUAGAAAAUAUGAACGCCCCACAGGUUUAAAAAGAGAGAAAUAUUUUCUACAACUGUGACCAAAAUGCAUGGGUUUGCUUAAGAAAAGCCUUUACAGCAAGACAUCGUCUUUAAAUCAUGCAGCAUUUAUUCAAACAAUGCACUUGAGUCUUAAAACAUUAACUGUGAUUUUCAGCAGCAGCUUUCCGCUGCUGAGCCCCAUCUUCACAUUUAUUCUUUAAAGGUUUUUGCAAUUUUUUCCUUUUCUUUUUUGGUUGCAAAGAGUCAUUCACGGUACACGUAUGUUUAUUAAUUGAAGAAAGUAGCCAAGGGAACGAGUAUUUAUUAGUGGGUGUUGUAUCUUCACCAAAAUGUUCUUCUCCAGUAAAAGGAAUAUUUUUGUAGAAAGACCAAAAAAACCCAAAAUGGACUCAUACGACUGUAUUACUCUGCAAGGAGAUCUACUCUUACUGGACUGGUGCUACAUGCAGCGGGGGGGGGGGGGGGAUACAUGCAGUGGUGUGCUGUACAGUAUUAACAACACCUUACAUCCAUAACAGUGUUAAAUUCCACCUCUUUCACACUUCAGCCAUGCUGCUGCGCAGGCGUGACCCAUUCUAGGGUUUUAAGACUCCACCUAUAGGACACAUGUGGUCUUCCUGAGCCCUCUUUUCUCUGAGAUAAAGUGGAGCUGAGGUUGAUGGAAAGGUUGCGGAGGUGGAAGGCUGACUAGGGAGGAAAGGAUGACAGCAGCGAUCAUUAAAAAUGUGCUGCUUCCCUGUUACCUGGAGGCAUCCCGCCAUUCCAGCUUCUUCUGUCUAAUAACUCACUUGUCACUUUGUUACACUGCCAGACAUCAAGGUUGCUGACGAGUCUGUGACACUGACAGAAGGAGAAAAGCUGGGGAAGGGAGUGUGCUCCAAACAAUUUAAUUUGACUCAGUCAGUUCAGUUGAAUUCGGUUCAUCUCUUCAUUUUCUGUGUGCCUAUUCUCCUUCAGGGUCGGUAGUAAUUUAUAUCAGUUCCUUCCCCUUUUUUUCCCCCCUACCUCUUUGUCUGUCAGAGCAGUCAUUUAACAACCGUCGUACCCAUUUCUUCAUCCUGCUACUCACUUACCACCUCCACACGCCGCAAUGCAAAUCCUACAGGGACACACGCUAAUAGUGUAUGCUUAAGUUCACCGUACGGCCAUGGCAUAGCAAAAAGGGAUGGGUAAUUGCCUGUUUAUCCCAAGUGAAGGGAAAAUUGAGUACAGGAACCCCUGCCUUCUCCCAGGAGUGAGCUUCAGUGAGGCGCUCGCUGCCUCAUUCACUCAUCGAAUCCCUCCGGCCUUUGCUCCGGCAGAAAUAAAAAAAAAAAGUGCUUCUGCAGGAACCCCGCUGACAGCUGUCUCUCCCGCACAGAAGCAUCCAGAGUGGCACACACACAGAGAAAUAACUGUCCCGACAUGGUAUGCUAACCUGUGGUCAGAGGAAACACAAAUUUUCAUGUCAUUUUUUUUUCAGUAAUAUUUUGUCACAUACGGAAAAUUAAGAAUUCCUUGAUUUUUUUAAAAUAAAAUGUCAAAUCAUAAAUCGUGUGGCCUGAAAUCAGUAUAGAUUAGCCCAGUCCAGGUUUAAUUUCAAGUAUUUUAGACAUUAUCAAAUGUCCUCCCUGUUCCUGUGGAAUACCUCUUUGAUUUUGGAAGCUAACCGUAGCUGCUAACAAUGCUAACGUUAGCUGCUAAUGUUAGCGUCGUUAGCAGCUAACGGUUAGCCAGGCACAGUAGUGCUUCCAAAGUGUUCGACUCUUGUCUCUCACCGCUUCAUGUGUUUAAAAAUAACCAAAAUACUGCCUCACAGUUUAAAGGUCAUGGUGUAUGGAUUAGUUAUACUUUAAAACCAAGUGUUGACCACCACCCUAACGACUAGUCUGAUAACUUAAGAAGGCAGCCCAGGAGCUACUUCCUCUAUUACUUUAAAAUAAAAGUGUCCAACUUAAAGACACACCUUAAAAAGUCUAGUCUGGUUAAAAGAUCAAGGCAGAUAGUGUAUUGCCUGCCACUUAAUUCUCCUAACAUCUUUAUUUUUGUCUAAAUCCAAAUUAGCUGGGACAAGCUAAAAGGCAGCGCACAACUCCCCUGUUAUUUUCUGCCAAACAACCCACGUCUGCAGCGUCAGGUCGGCGGCCGAUGCUCCACUUCUUGACGCCCGUUCUGUCCAGACCCGUUGAUGCUUCUGAUGAAACAUGGGAUCAAGUCCAGUGUCACGUCCCGUCUCAUCGCUCGUCAAUGGGAUGCGUUAAAUGCGCUAGGCGUCUAACGCAAGCUAACCGUAUAGAAGGGCACCCGAUCCGUGUCCCCCUUUAGAGGAUCCUGUUCCAAAGCUGGCUUCUACAGUCUUAAAAAUACUCAGUUCUAACAAAUGUCACCGCACUUUAUGCAAAUACUGUUUUUAACCUUGUGUGUGAUAGUGGAACACGUAAAGGGUUUUUGAUCAGAGCAGCUGCCUGAAAUAAAAGUAACGUAAUGCAACAAACAAAAAUGCUAUAUUCUCUAUCCCUUGGAUGCAAGACCCAAAUGAGGUAAUUCUGUUCUUGCAGCCCUGGCUUGGUUCUUGCAGCUUGUUCUUGACCCUUCAUUUGGGCAGAACCUUUUCUCAUGUGGUGUCUGACAACUCUUACAUACAAAUGGUGUAGUAGAAGGGACCUAUGAGGGUGUUCCAAGAGUUCUGCUCUUUGGUACUUGUGAAUUAUGAAAUGUCCCGGCCAGAGGGAACUUUGUUCUUCAAGCAAAAGAACAAAUUUCUUUGUUUUGUGGGGUAUAACCUUUACUUUGAACCCAAAACGUUGUACGUGUUCCCUUCUUAGUAGUUUUGGCUUAGGUGGGAGCAGGAAAGCAAGCGCCACUCCAGCAGCUUCUGCUUAAUGCCCUGCUGAAGACUCCGCCUCCGUUCUCCCACACACCUCUGAGAAAUAACCACUGGCUUCCCUUUCUUCCAAACUUUUUGUUUCCUAACCUGACACAUUCUGCUAGCUGGUGACCGUCCCUUUCACUUAGAGCGCUUUGCCGGCCCAAACCACUGGAGUGAACCUUAAAUAUUUGAUCAGCUCAGCGUCAGCCAUCAAUUAUUCCACAAUUCCUCACCGCACAUGCAGGGAGGCGGGGAUGGCGAACGGAUAAAAAAAGGCCGACCUGACGAUUGCUGUCCAUUUUCUCCAUGUCGCAGAUGGACCGAGAACGAUAAUAGGGGAGAGGAUGAUGGGCGGCACGGCAUGCAGUUAAUGUAGCUCCUGGAACAAAGUGAGGCGAAAUGCAGAUAAAAGAAAAAUAAAUAUUCCCUCAUUAAUUCAAACUGGAACCUGUGAGAAAAAUACUGUAAAUCAAGAACAUGUUUUACAUGGAAUUUUCAAAUAUUUCCUUUACAGUCUUAAAGUAUAAAUAGUUCAAAGAGCUGGUGAAAUUAGAUUAUUUUUGUUCACUUGUGUUUUUUGAGUAUCCAAUGCAUUAGUGUCUGUGUUUAAAAAAAAAAAAGCCCGUGUUACAGCACUCGACAGCGUUGCAUGGCUUCAUAGUCGCACUGCAAAAGACGAGCAAAAAAAGAAAGCAAAGGAUGCUGCAUCACUUUGCCGUUAAAUAGGUGACUUUGGAAGCUUCAUUGAUGCUGUAUGUUACCUAAAGAGGUGUUUCCCGUGAGCAGAAAGAAAGAAAGAAAAAAGUGAUUCUUUUCAAGAGACUUUUUUUCUUUAUUUUUAGCCUUUCUUGUAUUUGUUUCUGUAUCAUAACUGUUUAUGUUUUUUUUUUGUUUUUUUUUUUGCAUAAAAUGCAUAAGGGUUUUGGGAUGUAAAUGGAAUUUUAUUCAUAUUUUGUCCAAAUACCUCUUGUAAUUUGUAUCAGAAUUCUUGUACAAUUUUUAUAUUAAAGAUUUAUCAGUCACUGG